UUUCGGUUCCCCACUCCUGAGUUCUGCUCUUUCAGUCACGUAGCUAGCUAGUCCAUCAGAUCAGUAAAUCAAAAAUAACGUGACCAUUUCACGAACUGGCGUGAGACCGGGUUGGAUAUAACUGGAGAGAACCACCAGAGCCCGUAUGUAUGGAUACACUUGUUUAAAUGGACUUUGUGCAGAGUUUCGGUGCGUUUCACCUCAGACUCAUCUCUGUUAGCUCAACAUGCUAAACGAAGUUACCAUAGCGUGCUAGCUGGAAAUAGACGGACACAAAACUCGGCCACAGUGAUAGUUGGAAAUACUAUCGGACAGAGACCAAACUGUGUUUUUCAUGUACCCACAGUGUCCAGAUAAACAUGUUUGAAUGGACUCUGUGCUGUUCCCUUUAUUUGAAAACGUAUCAUGGUGUCCUGCGAAGCUAAUGAAGUUAGCUAGGUUGCAAGCCGGAAGUAGACGGACCCGAACGUAACCUAGCAACACAGCGCAUGUCAGAGGGAGCAAAAGACUGUCUGGAGGGAAAAGUUGCUGUGAUUUAGUAAAAAAAUGACUCAAGUUCAAAUGCUGAGAGCUUUUGUGACGCAGCGACUUACUGCGGCUGCUGAAGAGAUAUUUGAGCGGUUUGAAACAACGAUAGCAGAGUACGAGGAGGAACUUAAGUCCAGUUCAAAAGAAAUUCACCGACAACAGAAACUACUGGACGCUGUUCUCAACCCUGAAGUCCGGUUACACAGAGCAGACGUCCCGCAGCUGUUAGUGGUUAAAGAUUCAGUUCCCCCUGAGCAGCAGGAAUGGAGCUCCAGACUGGACCAGGAGGAGCCAGAGCCCCCCCCACACAUUAAAGAGGAACAGGAGGAACUCUGGACCAGUCAGGAGGGAGAGCAGCUCCAAGGGCCGCAGGAGGCUGAUGUCAAAUUCCUGUUCACUUCUGUCCCUGUGAAGAGUGAAGAAGAUGAUGAGGAGCAAGCUCAGUGCUCGCAGCUUCACGAAAACCAAACUGAGGAGAAUGGAGAGGCAGAGCAUUUGAAAACAGACGCUGAUGGAGAGGACUGUGGAGGACCAGAACCAGCCAGGAACUCAGAUCCAGAGAGACAUUCACAACCAGAUGUUGAUGACGAGAGUCCACACUCCUCUGAACCUGAGAAUGACGACAGUAGAGAUUGGGAGGAAACUGGGGAACCUCAGUCAGGUUUAAACCCUCUGCAAAACAAUAAAGUCCUUGCAAUUGAUGUGAAAACAGGAAAAACCAAAUUUAGUUGCUCGGUUUGUCGUAAAAGAUUUUCCUGGAAGAACUCCUUAGUGGCUCACAUGAAACGUCAUUCAGAAGGAAAGUAUUUCAGCUGCUCAGUUUGUAAAACAAUGUUCAGUAACGAAAACCUUUUGCUGAAACACAUGACCGUCCAUACUGGGGAAAAACCAUUCGGUUGUCCAGUAUGUCGUAAAAGAUUCACAGACCAUAGUAAUCUGAAAAGACACCUGACCCUCCACACCGGAGAACGACCGUUUAAGUGUUCAGUUUGCAGUAAAAGAUUCGCACAAAAGGGACAUCUGAAACAACACGCGACUCUCCACACGCGGGAGAAACAAUUUAGUUGUUCAGUUUGCAGCAAAAGGUUCUCAAACCACAGCAAUCUGAGACGCCACUUGACGCUCCACACCGGGGAGAAACCGUUCAGUUGUCCAAUUUGUAGUAAAAACUUCGCACAAAGGGGACACCUGAAACAGCACUUGCCUGUCCACACGGGGGAGAAACCGUUCAGUUGUCCGGUUUGUAGUAAAACAUUCACACAGAAGCAUCACGUGACACAGCACUUGGCUGUCCACACGGGGGACAAACCGUUCAGUUGUCCAGUUUGUAGUAAAACAUUCACAAAAAAGCAAUAUGUCGAAAAACACAAGUGUGUUGGGAAGAGCAGCAGAAAGAAGUGAAGCUGCAGAGAUGCUUGUUGAGACAU